UUCCAGUUUAUCUUCACAACAACCCUGUGAGGUGCUACGCCUUGGCCGCUUCUGCCGCCUUGUCCAUUACUUAAGAAGCAGCAAUGGAGGCCCUUGGUCGCUCAGAGGACGUGCUGGCAAAGGCAUCCCAGGUCUGGACGAUGCUGGACGACAUGGCCGAGAAUUCUCCAGAGAGCUACCGCCAAUUCAUACAGCAACAGCUCAACAGCGCAAAGCAGCAUUACGCUCCUCCCGAGCCACAUCUGUGCGUGGAAGCCCGGAUCUUGGAGCCAACUGAAACCCGAUUGUUUGUUAACCUCUGCAGUUGGAAUAAAGUCCCCCCUCCCCAGUCCCAAUCCGAUCCAGUCCCGUUAAGCGCCGGCAAAAUGGAUACGUUUGCAAAGUCAGAGCCUUACAGCAUCGUCGAUAUCGCAUACAACCCGUCUGUUCUCGAGGGGGGGAAGAACCCGUUAGAGGAGGACCAGCUGAUUCGCUUGUCACUCAAGUUCGUCGAGGAGCGUUACAGCCUCGCUCUGUCCCCCACGUACAGUAUGGCAAAGCGUAAGCUGAAAGGAAGCCUGGAAAGGAUGAGGCACAGCUUGCGAGGAGGGCGGCCAACAGCGCCCCCUUCCGAAAAGAAUGGUUCCUUGCGGAAAGAGGUGACCCUUGACCAGCUGCGGAACAUCACAGCACAGGCGGAAGACAGCAAUCUGACUCUGCUUACCGAAAGGACCGUCCCCCGUAAAGCCUGCCUCAUCGAGGAGAUUUCGAGCGCAGAGCGGCCAGAGGAACCGAAGUCUCCGGCCUAUGAAGUGACCACAAGGAAGGAUGCCAGCGGAAGAGCCCUGCAGCUUGAAGUGAAAGUUGAAGUGCCAGCGGUGCGCCGCGUCUCCGAGUGUAACCUGAGCAUUUCUAAGGAUGACCUGUUGAUGGAAUGCCCGCCUCAAUACCGACUGCACCUGAGUCUGCCGGAGUCUGUGGAGGAAGAAGCCGCAUCCGCAAGAUUUUUCAAGAAGAAAGGGCUCCUGCUGGUCACGAUGCCGGUUUGCCAACAGAACCAAGAUCCGAGUACUGAGUGA